CUAUCUAUCUAUGAGGAGGGGGACAGCCUUAAGAUGCCAAAGAAUCCAAGCCAGCAGAGUGUCUGCAUUCUUGGAAGCCUUGAUUUAAAAAAAAAAAAAAAAAAAAAACUUUAGAUGAAAUGUAGUAAAUGGCAUGCGGUGCCUUUUCAUAACUAAACGCUUUGCCACCCAGUUGUAUCACUUGCUAUAAUUAGCCUUCCAAGAUAGUGUAUCCAAUAGUUUAAUUUUCGCUUUUGAUUCUUCUACCAAACGGCUUUAAAUAGUUAUUCUUAUAUGCCUCUUCUCGAAGGUGUAGUCGGGUAGGAAGAUGAAGCAUGUGUCUGUCAACGCGAGGUCCUCCUCUCUCUACUUGCUUUUCUUAAAAUAACUCAGUAAAAACUUUCUGUUUGGACUGGACGAAAGACCUGCUUUUUUGAGGAAUGUUCUUGCAAACUUAACUCAAGACCUGAACAAUUCCCGAAAACCCGAUGCGAGAUGGAGAAAUAUUUGACCCCCCAGCUUCCUCCCAUGACUCCCCUCCCCGAGCACAAAAAGUACCGGCGGGACAGUGCCUCGGUGGUGGAUCAGUUCUUCACCAACGGCGACGGGGUGCCUUACAGCGUCAACAUGAACCUCUACCUGCCGGACCUGUCCCAGCUGAGGACGGGCCUCUUCAAGGCCCCCAGAGGCCCCGCUACCCACAUCAAGACGGAGCCGGUCGGUGCCUUCAACCACCAGGGUGAGGCAGCUCCGGUGGCCCCCAACUCUGCCCAGGCGCUCCCCGAGUUUACGAGCAUCUUCAGCCCCCACCAGGCGCCGGACGUGAACAGCCUCUUCAUCAAGCAGGAGAUGUCUGCCGUAGAUCUGUGCCUCUCUGUGCCUCCGCCCCAGCAGGGCCAGCUGUACCAGCUCCUCAGCUCUCCUGAUUUAGACCUGCCAAAUGCAGCGGGCAUGGACUCUCUGAGCAACGUCUCUCUGUCUUCCUCCAUGACAGGCCUGAACACCCUCUCUCCAGCCAUGUCCCAGACCCCCAUGAAACCGUUCCACAGGGUUCCUCCUUGCACGUACGCUAUGCCCAGCCAGUUUCUGCAGCAGCCAGCCACCUACUUCCCUCCUUCGCCCCCAAGUUCAGAGCCUGGUAGCCCCGACCGGCAGGUGGAAAUGAUGCAGAAUUUAACCCCGCCUCCGUCUUACGCUGCCACCAUCGCUUCCAAGUUGGCCAUCCACAACCCAACCUUGACCGCCAGCCUCCCCAUGAAUUCGCCCGGCAUCCCGACCGUCAGAUAUAAUCGGAGGAGUAACCCCGACUUGGAGAAGAGACGGAUUCAUUACUGUGACUACCCUGGUUGCACUAAAGUGUACACGAAAUCUUCCCAUUUAAAAGCACACCUGCGAACUCACACUGGAGAGAAGCCAUACAAAUGCACUUGGGAAGGAUGUGACUGGAGAUUUGCUCGCUCAGACGAGUUGACCCGCCACUACCGGAAGCACACGGGCGCCAAGCCCUUCCAGUGCGCCGUCUGCAGCCGCAGCUUCUCUCGCUCCGAUCACCUGGCCCUGCACAUGAAGCGCCACCAGAACUGAGCUGCCUCUUCAUAAUGCAGUGGGCACCUAUGCAACAUACGGGCAACCCAACUACCCACUCCUUCCAUUAGAAAUAGCCAAGGGUUUGCCUGCGUACGAACUCUCCUUUUUAGAACCAGAAAAAAAAUAAUAAUAAUAAGGCUAGAAGAAACUGGAAAUGUAUAUUUUGUAUAUUUAUGAGGAAACAGGGAAGACACUGUCCAGAGAGACAUGGAUUGUUUUACUGCUUUAAUGCCCUGUGACUUAACUCUUUGUAUCUUGGACUUAGUCCUACAAGUUUCAUCUCAGGGCUGUCUGUCAUGAUGUUUUGCAGAUGGGGUUGGAUGGGUGGUUGGGUAGGCAAAAAAGGGGCUCUCCAAUUUGGUCUUGUGACCCUAGGUCACUCCCAUGAUGGAGUAGCACCAUGGGUCUGCAAGUCAUAAUGGCUGUGCACGUCCACGCAUCAGUUUCAAUCAUAAAUGUUUGCCAGAAUAAAAUAGAAUGAAAAAAAUAAAUAAACUACAGCGGUUCACAGCUUCUUUCUUUCUCCUUGUCCCACUUGCUCUGGGAAAGUAGAAAGAACAGAAAAAAAAAAGACCAUUUAUCCCAGCAGCCGUGGUUUGGCGUGGCCAAAGAAACCAGGACUGUCAGUCAGCUUUAAAGCACUUUUGGUGGUGAGCUUUCAGAUCCUGGUUUCUUCCGCCAUAAUGAAUUCUAAAUUCUGGUUCAAGGACUCUCAUUCCUGUUCUUGUGCUCAUCUGCACAAAGGGAGGAGAGAGGGAAGAAUAGAUGGCCUCACUGGCUCUCUAUCUUCUGAUCCUGAAAACCUUGGGUCUUAAUUCAAUGAUAUGGGAGUAGGGCCAUCUGACCAAUCAGCUUUUUUUAUCCAUGAAACACUCCUCCCCCCCCCAAAGACAACGGGAGAUUCAUCCCUUUGGACAAAGAGAUCCUGAUUCCUUGGGAAUUUCGUGCACCAGUUUUGCACGAAUUGCAAUUAUAAUCUGGCAGUUAAUUGAUGUGAGGCAGAUAAAGUAAUAUAUUGCAUACCUAGGCUUCACUCAUGUUUCCAAAAUACAACACAAGAAGAAGCAGGUCCCUAAAUCUAAGUAUUAUAUUUGAAAAGCUGUUUUAUCUGUAAUUUUAAAAUCCUGACCAAAACACUCUGAAUCAGACAGUGUUUUUUUUUUUAAAUUAAUUUAAUUUGAACUGACAGCCAAAAUGAAUCCAGAGGACAAGCUACAAUUUAUUUUCUGUCAAAAGUGUACUGGAUGUUUUUAAUACUUGUUAUAUUUUAUAUAUUUUUUGUGGAGAUUCAAUAUAUAGAGAUGAAAUUCAUAAAUAGCCAUAGAACAAAAUGUUCCAUAUGUUGCAUGUCUACCAUGACAAAGAUUUUGUAAAUAUGCAAAUCAGCUCUUAAUGUUUUUUUUUUUUUAUCACAAAAGGAUUUUUCUACAAAUUGGUUAGGAUAAGUGUCAGGCAUCUGACUUGGGCUAGUUCAGUCUGGCAUGUCUAACAUCCACCGAGUGUUCAAAGUUUAGAAUCGCCAUUUCCCCCCAGUUGUGUAAAAGGACAACCGUUUUCCACAACACGAGCUAUUCAGCAACUGUCAGAUGCUUUAAAUAACAAGAGACUAAUGUUAAACCUUUUACUAUAAGCUAAACUUAGUACUGCUUUAAAAAGAAGGAUUUAGAACAUGAUUUUAGAAUAUCAGAGGGCUAAGCUGAUGAAACACUAGUGUAAUACCACAUGAAUUUUGCUCACCCCUGUUCAGUGUGUGCCAGAGACCUUUGAAAAUAUUUUGGAUUGUAUUGAGGUUGGGAAACUAGAAAAGAAAGCCAAUCAACCUGAACUGUGCCAGCUGAUAGUGAUAAGACUUUGCUGCAUCUUGUUAACAAAAGUGUGACACCCCCCCCCCAAAUGUCCAGUUAGACACAUGUUGAAAUUGUCUGCGCAUUCGUCUCUGGAAGAUACCUAGCUGAAUCUGGGAGACUCAGCUUUUCACAAGAUAAAAAGUACUGUAAUUUUUAGAGGAAGAAGUGUAAUUAAAAUGAGAACAUAACUGCUGUGCAAAUGCAUUGUAACACCAAAGGAAGACCUGACAUGGCAAAAUGUCUCUUAGCUAAAGAGGGGCCAAGAGAUCCAACUCUGGGGUGACCAGAUCUGGCCUGCAGAAAUCCAGAUGACCACCAGGUGGCGGUGAACUCCGACUCUUGGCUGCCAUCUAGAGGUUGCCAGCUUUGCCCAGGUUAUACCUGGGAGCCCUGGACAGCUCCACCAUUAUUCUUGCUUGAAGCAUCUUCAUUUCAUUCUGCGAAGGCGCUCCUGUUUAGAUACUCCCUUGCAGUUCCCAUAAGGCCUAUGAAAGCUGAAAAAAAUGCCAUCUGUAGACCAGGAAAGACUUCAAGACAGUGAGACGAACCAACUUUAGUAUGAAAGAACAUCAGCAUUUGAACAUAGGGAAUGGAAGUGCUGUACAGUUUGACUACUUACCUUCAAGGGUGAUGCAAUUGCCUGUUCCCUUGCUUCACAACAAUCUGCUGAUUUAAAAUAUAUGGUACCUUUCAUGCUAACUUAAAUAUAGCAUUAGAUUCACAGGUUAUUGCUAACUUUUUCAGAGGCAGAAAAGGAAACAGCUGCCAGCAAAGAGCUGACUGGAGAUUUAAUCCCAGUCCUUGUUCUAAGAUGCAAGUUACCAAUUAGGUGAGAGAAUCAGUCAGUGUAUUUAUUGAAAAGUAAAUCUGUUCAUUUCUUCAUGGAGCAAGGAGUGAACAGGUUUGGUUCAUCCAGCAGUUCCUGGCCCUUCGGCCUUCAGAGGAGCAGAAUUCUGUAUAUGCUCCAUGUUAUACUUGUGAUUAUUAAGAACUUAAGUCCCAUGGACUUCCACGGGCCACCAAAUUUAAUUUAUCUGACUGGAACCAAUAAGAGCAAACAGAAUUAUUUUGUAGCCUGGAUUUACAAAAGUAAAUCUUGAAUGGAUUCUUCCGCAGGUUCCUCAUAUCAACUAUGUUCAUCUAUUGCAUAAGGUUUAGGGUUUGUUUUAAUUGUGGUUUGUCGAACAAGCUAGGAGCAAGCCUCAAUCCAUCCUGUAGUCCAGCAAAGUAACACUAACUUAAUGGGACAUUGCUUAGUUUCUUCUCUUAGUUAAUAUACAGAAGUGAAACACUAAACCAGUCCAGGAAUAAGCUAUCCUGACAUAACAAGCUAGGAUUUGUAGGUCAACCACUAUCCAUGGCAAGCAGUAUUGUUUUUAAUUAGUUUUGGGGUUUUGUUAUUAUAUUAAGCCAAGAACCACUGACAUGAUGAUCUAGAGCUGUGAGUUAACUAGCUUUCUCCCCAGGUAGAGUGUGUAGAAAGGAUAACAAAUCCUUCAUGGCUGUUUUCUGUUGUUUUAUUUUAAAAAUUAUCUUUUUAUCAUUCAGUCCAGGUCAGUUAUUUGGCCAGUGAGUAUUACCUGUGGACACUGUGCCUAACAGAGUAGCCUUCAAAGGAGCAAGGUUCUAAAGAGCAUUUAAAAAAAAAAAAAAGCAGGAGAAUGUGUCAAAUUCUUUGUCUUGAAGACUCAUUCCCAAAAGAUGUGGGGAAUCUUAGUUCAGUUCUGUAAACUCUUUUGAGGUUCACCACCCUGACAGGCCGGUGUGCACCUGCAGAACGGCAGGCAAGUUUUGAGAGAGGACAAUCAAGAGGGGCUGAUUUCUAAGUUUUGAGUUGCACUUCAGGCCGUGUUGAACAUUUUGAGUGGAACAUUGGGGCUCUUUUCUGUGGACAAAAUCCACAAGAUAAGAUGGGAUUGUGGUUUUCAAAUGUUUUGCAUUUUUCACUCAUUCCUCAGCUUCUGAGGAAGCCCUGCUCUUCUCUUUAAAAACAACCACCACCACCAAAUUUCAUUCUGGAAGAUGUUUUGAGGUUAAAGUUAUUUGACAAAGUGUUGUCCAACCCUCUUGAGUCACAUUGCUGUGACCUUCCUGAAGAAGAGCCAAAAUUCCUAUGUUUCAUGGAAAAAAGUUAGCACUAAUCUGCAUGAUUAUUACAUCGUUUUCAUAAUCGUUUGAUACUUUUUUCAGAUUUCUUCAGAAAGAGUUAGAAACCCUCAGUUUUUAAGCUUUACCCUUUGUUGGCCCAAAUGUUUGAUUCCUACUAUAGGAUGAAGAGUGGAAAGUGAGAGGGUCCAUCUGCACAAUAUUGCUAAAUGUUUUGCAGCAUAAAUAAGCAAUUCAGGUGGAUCCUAUGAAAGGAUGCUUAGGAUCCAGACUCCUUAUGUACUAAUUUUUCCCCGUCCUGAUGUUUGAUGAACAAGCUGUCCCAGAUCAGAAGACAAUAGAAGAACACUCAGCCUGUGUUAGUAGAAUAUUCCCAACCAUAUUAUAAAAGAGAAUGGCUAAGCCAAAACCAAAGAUACAUGGCUUGUGUGAACCUAGGUCUUUUAUUUUGGCUUAGUGUCUCCUAUAAACAGAGCGGUCGUGAACACGGCUUCAGUCUUGCUAAUUUGUUAACUCUGGUGUAACCCAGUCUUUUUAUCUGUGAUGGCACAGUGAUUAGAAUGCAGUAUUGCAGGCUAAUUCUGCCGACUGCCAGCAGUUCAAUUCUCACCGGCUGAUGGUUGAUUCAACCUUCUAUCCUUCCAUGGUUGGUAAAAUGAGGACCCAAAUUGUUGGGGCGGCAAUAUGUUGAUUCUGUAUACUGCUUAAAGAGGGCUAUAAAGCACUGUGAAGCGGUAUAUAAGUCUAAGUGCUGUUGCUCUUGCUAGCUCUUGCUAUCUUGUUUAUCUUGACUCAAGUCUUCUUAGGGAAUAUGUAUAGAAUUUCAGCUAUAGUUUCUUAGGAUUGAAAGAUCUUGAGAGCUGAUCCACUCUUUGUUCCCAGGUUCAGUCUAAGGAAUAGGAUUCCUUCUUUUAGGCAUAGCUGUGGUACAGUGGGUGAAGACAGAGCAGGUUGUAACCUGUACAGUUCUCAAAAGUCAUCGCAUGGGUAUAGAUGGAUAUUUUGGACCACAGUUAUUAAACUGUAAUACCAUGCUAUCAACCAAAGGGUAAAAAAAAAAAAAGAAAAUUAAAUAACUGACAUGCCAAAAAAAGAAAAAAGCUCACAGCAAAACUUUGUUCAAACUAGUGUUUGCAUCUUUUAUUUAUUUUUGUGGUAUAUGGUAGAAAUUUUUUAGGAAACAAUUUUCCAUAGACUUGAUAAAUUAAAAAAAAAUGGUUUGUUAUAGGUUUUUUUUUAAGCGUUCCUCUAAAUUGUAAAUAGAUGAUGUACAUAUUUUUUGUAAGGCUUCAAAAGUUUAAUCCUGAAAAAAAAAAAACCUACAGAAACUCGAGCAUAUUGGUUGCUGUUUUGCUGCUUCCUUUCAAGACCUCUCUUUUUUCUUCCCUCUCCUUAUUUUUUUUUUUUUUUUUUUUUGGUAUGGUGACAUAUCCUAUGCAAAUGAUCAAGCAAACAGCGAUAUUCUUGUUGAAAGAUAUUGAUGAAAUGGUUUAUAUAUAUAAAAAGACAAACAAUUUUUGACAAUAAAAAGUGCCUAAAAA